CAGGGUGGAAGUAAAUGUGAAGAUGAAGAUGUGCCCUUUGGCCAAGAUAAAAGUGAAGCUCUGCGAGUGUGUCAGUGGCUGUAUGAGACUCAGAAUGAGAAAUUAAUCAGAGACACUAUUGGGAUGGAUUUAAAGAUGAACUUUAAUAGAUCUACUUUAUCUCCUUUGGAGUGUGCUGUGCUGGGCUCUGUCAUCAGCUGCAGUAGAGAACUUGAAGAGCUUGACCUGUCAGGAACAGAGCUCACCCCAGAGUGCAUCAGGAGACUGGCGCCAGGGCUCAGCUGCUGUAGACGAGUCAACCUCUGGUCAUGUCAUCUCACCUCCACAUGUUGCUCAACCCUCUCCUCGGUCUUCUCGUCUCCACACACACGACUGAUUGAAAUGAAAAUGAACAACAAUAGGAACAUGAAGGAUUCAGGGGUGGAUCAGUUAUGUGAGGGACUGAGGAGUGAAAGCUGCAAAUUAGAGAAACUGAGCCUCUCCUUAUGUGGUCUCACCUCUAGAUGUUGUCCAGCUCUCUCCUCAGUCCUCUCUUCUCCAUACUCACAACUGACUGAAUUAACCCUGGAUAACAGCAACAUGGGAGAUUCUGGAAUGGAUCAGCUGUGUGAGGGGCUAAGGAGUGAAACCUGUAAAUUAGAGAAAUUAAGCAUGUCUCAAUGUGGUCUCACCUCCACAUGCUGCUCAGCUCUCUCCUCGGUCCUUUCUUCUCCACACUCACGGCUGACUGAACUGGGGCUGUCCAACAACAGACUCGAGGACUCAGGAUUGACUCAGCUGUGUGAGGGGUUAAAGAGUGAAAACUGCAAAAUAGAGAAGCUGGGGCUCAAGUCAUGUGGUCUCACCUCCAGAUGUUUCUCAGCUCUCUCCUUAGUCCUCUGUUCUCCAAACUCGCAACUGACUGAACUGAACCUGAGAGAGAACAACAUGAAGGAUUCAGGAAUGGAUCAAUUGUGUGAGGGGCUGAGGAGUGAAAACUGCAAAUUAAGGAAACUGAGAAUCAUCAAAAACUCCAGUGGAAGGAAUACACAGGAAAUCAGAAACCCAAGCAGCACAAAAAAAGUUUAAAUAUUAGAAAAUAUUCUGUUUUUGAAAAAGAGGGGGACCAGAGCCAUGAAUAGUUGUGAGGUGCAAACUAGCUCUGAAAGUUGCCAUUUUAUGCUGUAUUGAAUUAUUUCCCCAUUCUUUAUGCACACUAUGUUAAGGAAAAGGGUUUACCUAUUUUGAUGUGCAAGAAAGUGAACUUUGAAAAAGAAUAGAUUAUUAACAACACUCCAGUGAUAAUGAAAUGUAUCAUAGAACUGAAGUACAUGUUAAUAUGUGUCUUCAUUUGUAACUGUUUAAUGGUUAAUUUUAUGAAAAGCUUUUGUUGAUGCAUCAAUAUAUUGUAAGUUUAGUGCUCAGUGAUAAGGCACUUAUAUGGGUUCAUCUAUAAAAUACUAUGGGGUGGCAAGUAUCUUAUAUAUAAACGUCUACGUGUGGAAGUGUGUGUGUCUGUCUGUCCGGCCCAGAAGUGCGAGGCUACAGCAUGAAGCUCAAAGAAAGUGACUCUGUUGCCAAAGUGAAACUGCCGCGAGAAGAUAAACUCGCUUAGCCGCUAAUAUACAAGUGAGGUGAGCACAUCUGCAAAACAAAAUCUCUAAGAAGAGAGAACCUUGCUUAGCCUCUAAUGCACAACCGAUGCGAUUGAUUGAUUGAAGUGCCAGAAUCCAUGGUUUCUAGGAGCUCGGGCGUUUAACAGCAUGAGCUAGUAAAGUAUCAGGGGUCAAAACAUAGAAACUGUGCUUUUGUGAUAUCAUAAAGAAGUUUAAGGGUUGUGUCUUGGAGAGAUAAGGUUUUGCUUGAAAUAACCAAAAAUGAAUACACUAAUUAAGUUGAUUAUAACUGACUAGUCAUUUAGCCCGUUACAAUAACGGGCGCUAGAACAGUAGUGCAUAAACAUUAGUAGGAACAGUCUAUAUUAAAUGGCAAGGGACUUUGACCUCAUUCUUUUUGUUGGUCGUAUUUUUCUUUCUUUCAGCCUUUCUUUUGUUGAUGUUUACUUGCUGAGCUGACCGUUCUUCGUGGGCUGCCGCCGUGUAUUGUGUGUCUGUAAUUUUCUGUGACAGUAAUACUGUCUUGUACGGCUCUAUUCAGUAAGGGCGCGUAGAUAAUUUAGUUCAAAUGGCUCUGGAAUAUGUGAAGAGCAACAGGUGCAGAUCUUUAUUUACGCGCGCCUUUAUUCGCUGCGCCCAAUUGAGGUCGCCCUUUUGAGGCUCGCCUUUUUGUGCGCGCCCUUAUUGAAGGAUGCCUGUGCGCGCCCUUAUUGAAGGAUACCGUCUUGUAAAUCCGCUGGCUUGUACAUCCGUAAUAUACGUCCGUAUGUCCGUAAUAUACCUUUAAUUUUCUCUGGCGGUAAUACAGGCGUGCGCGUCGGUAAUAUGCCUUUAAUCUCCUCUGACAGUAAUACUGGCUUGUAUGUGGCUGUAAUAUGCGUCACUGUAUUGUGUACCUUUAAUUUCCUCUCGCAGUAAUACUGGUUUGUAUUUCCAUAAAACACCUCUAACUUUCUCUGACAGUAGUAUCGCGCAUCGCACCGUGCCCCGCGCAUGCGCACUUCACCAGAAGACACCCACACACGGACACCUGGACGCACAUAGGGAUUAUAUAUAUAUAUAGACAGUACAGAGAAGACUGAAAUAUGUAACAUCCUUUUAUAGUUUAAGAAAUCUGUGUUGGGUAUUUGAUGUACUGUAUGCAUUUAGUUUUGUUUAGUGCAUUUUAAUACUGAUGUAACAUUUUCACUCAUCUGGUUAAAAUAUAAAAACUUGUAAUAUUAGUUUAUCUUGUGGUCGUUCAAUAUGUAUAACAUGAGACUAGGAACUGAGGAUCUAGGAUUUCCAUCAAUUGUGUUCUGUAUUGUAUCAUACUUGUGACUUAUGACUGAUGAAGCACUGUUUUAUGUUAUUUAUGUACUCUGCCCUUUCACACUUCUUAACUGUAUUAGCAUAUCAUCAUGUACUUUAUGUUUGGCCAAUCAAUUUACUGUUAGUUCAAACCACUCCAGCCCAGUGGUGCUUCAUCAGCAAAGAAGCGGAGGUCUUCUGUGGUGAUUCAAAGUGAAUGUACCAAUGACUCUGGGUUUGCUGCACAUACCUGGUAAUAGCUGGUGAUGAAGAGGCUCAUUGACCCAGUGUGGAAAAAUUACAGAAUAAAGAAGAAUAUAAGUCCAGCUGAUUAAACCUGAUGGUAUCAUAUUGGUUGUGCAGACAUCAGUGGCGGAAGGCAAAAGGUUUAUGGACUUAUAAGACAAACAAACUUUAAAAUGCCACUAAGCGUGAAAAAUGAGAUGACAGCUGUUGGAUGCAAGGACUCUGAUGGUUGAGGGCUACACGGGAUGCAGAAUGUGAAGUGUUCCUCUGCUCACUGAAAAUGUAACCAAGCAUGCAUCUCAUCGGUCUGUAAUGGCAAUCAGACUGUUUAGUUCCUGUACCGGUCAUGCCACUUAAUGAAUAAUCUGCUUCAGAGAGAUCUACAAAUUCAUCAAAAAAAGACAAGGAAUGUAUAGCAAGUGAGGAAUAAUGAUGUAAAGAGUUAAAAGAUGGGCUCAAGGGUAAGA